AUGUUUAGAAAGUCGGAGCUGUAUAGUGAGUUCUGCCAUCAUCCAUCAGAUGCCAUGUCACCUAUCAGAGAUUAUGAUAACGAUUAUUUCCAUAAAAAUGAUAAAAAAUUGCCAAAAGUCCAAUUACAUAAAUAUGGACCAGGAUAUAGUUAUAAUGAAAACUCGAAGCGGUCGAAUCACUCAUCGAAAAGACCUGCAAGUUUACAUUUAGAUAUAGAAGGUCCAUCUGCCAAGAAACAAUUUUCACCAAUUAAUAUUGCUCGAUUUUCCGAUGCAAUUAAAAUCAAAGAGACUCCUGUUGAACCGGAGUCGUUUACCAAUUCUGAAAAUGCCAAGUUCUUCAGCGUGGUUAAAUCCCUUUAUAUGUCAGAAAAUGAAUACGGAAAACUUAUAGAUGCCUGCAAUUUGGUCUAUAGAAAUGUUUUGCACGAAAACAAGACUUAUCGUCACAAACUGCUCGAGCAGCGUUCCAAUGAAGAAUUUUUGCUGUUUGGUAAUUUAGAAACGAUAUCUUCCAUUAGUAGAUUGUUUGUUACGGCAUUGAAACGGAUCAUUUUAGCUGGAAACAACACAGGUGAAAUUGAUGACGACAUUUGGGAACAGAUCAGCACCAAUAGUUCUUUGCAAAAGCAGAUUUUGUCAGAAUUUGACAUCGGGAAAGCGUUUAACACUAAUUUCCUUCGAAUUAAAUCGACUUACCUAAGUUACUGUGGAUCUCACCGCAAGCAAAUGGAAUUGUUCGGAACUAUGAGAUCUAAAAAUCCGCACCUCUUCUAUCGAUGGUAUGAACACUGUUACGAAGCCUCUGGGAACCUCAAAUUGGAGGACAUCUUAAACAAACCAGUCCAAAGAAUAGCUGAAUGGUCAGCAUUUUUGGAAACAAUUAUUUCACUAGCUCCAAAAAUUUUAGAGAAAGAUUUUUGUGCAUCCAUUGAGAAGGCUUACGAUGAAUACAGUUCCUUUUCCAGUUACAUUGAAAACGAAACAGCCGAAUUUAACUGUAAUGCAAAUUACGAUUUUAGUUUGACACCCAUAGAAAUAAUUCAAAGCUAUGAUUCUGAUAAAGUUAAAGAUUUUAAACCACAACUCGGGGUACUGUCCAUGAUUUCUGAAAGCCAAAGCUCCCAGAACCGCGAAUCAUCCCAAACGCUAUCUUUGCCUCGAACAGAAGAUAGCAGUGGCAGCGAUGUUCACCUAAGAGCAUCCAAUGGCAACGAUGUCCAUCUACGAACAUCCAAUGGUACCAACUCAGUUUUUUCUGCUAGUUCAAGUCGAUACUCUGGUGAUACGGCAGCAGCUCAAUCACUCGAACCAUUGCAACGGCAAAAAUUCCUGAGUAUGGUAAGCCAAGUUUGUGGCGAUUCACAACACACUUUAGCAGAUCACAUAUCGACCUUUAAGAAACUUCACAAAGGGUUAAUCCAUUUGAAAGCAGCUCUAAGUAACGAUGACAUGCUUUCCAUUAUCGAUAUAAAUCUGAAACAUACCGAUCUAUGGCGGCGAGUGGUAGAAUUCGAAAACAUUAAUCCUUCGCAAAACGUAGGCGCAGAGCAACCAAUCCUCGUAUCUUCAAUGUGUUCUGCCUACACAGAGAAGUUGAAAAGGCAAAGAGAGGAAGCCACCAUGAUGAAACUAACAUUUUUCGAGGGUUCAGUUAAAAGACCAUUGAAGACAAUGCUCAAGUACUGCGAAGCUGUAAGAGCUCGUCUCAAGGAUCUCAAUUCGUUGAAAAAGGAUUACAUGGUUUUCCUAAGACAGAAGACCUCUCAUACACAUGAUUUCAAAAGAGAUAUUCUAGCAAAACAUUUUGAACAGAUGCAUAGAAAGAUGGCUCAAGAUCUGCCGAAGUUCCUAGAAUUGUUGCACGAGACUUUGAAAUACCUGACCUUGAACUACCACAAAGUAAUGUUGAAAUACCUAGAAAUAUCUGCAGACGGUGAUGAUUUUCUCAUUAAAGAUUUGGAACAGUUGGGUAAAUUGAAACGAGACGUCGGUAAGAAUUACGACAUUUUGCAAACGUAUUCCACCGCAAGGUAUUGUGCUAAAAGGCUAGUGAGGGAAAAUUGGGAGUUCGAUCAAGAUCUUACUUGCAGCAGAGUGCUAAGAAAACUAUUUGAGCUGUGA